CCUUCCCCUGCCUCCCCGCCGCCUCCUAGCCUCCUCCUCCUGCGGGUGCGGGUGUGCUAGGCAGACGACGCGAGGUGGAGCGAGCGGGCGGGCGCUGCCGCAGCCCGCAACCCUGGCGCCUGUCGCCGCCGGGAGCCCCGCAAUAUGCCGCCGCGGCCCUCUGGCUCUCGGCCAUGGCGAGGCUCAGCCGGCGCGUCCCGUGCACCCUGCUCCUUGGCCUGGCAGCUGUGCUGCUGAAGGCGCGGCUGGUCCACGCCGCUGCCAGGGCUGAGCUCAGCCGCUCGGAUCUCAGCCUCAUCCAACAGCAGCAGCAGCAGCAACGGCAGCGGGAGGAGACUGAGGAGGAGAGGCCAGAGGUGCCUGGGGCAUCCUCCACCGUCUCUGUUCCAGUGUCUGUAUUUAUGCUGAAAGUCCAGGUGAAUGACAUCAUCAGUCGCCAGUACCUGAGUCAAGCAGUUGUAGAAGUGUUUGUAAACUACACGAAGACCAAUUCGACAGUAACCAAAAGCAAUGGAGCAGUGCUGAUAAGAGUACCCUAUAAACUAGGACUCAGCUUAACCAUCAUUGCUUACAAAGAUGGCUAUGUGCUGACACCUCUGCCCUGGAAGACCGGAAGAAUGCCAAUAUAUUCAUCAAUUACACUUUCACUGUUCCCGCAAAGCCAAGCGAAUAUAUGGCUAUUUGAAGACACUGUUUUAAUUACUGGAAAAUUAGCUGAUGCCAAAUCUCAACCAAGUGUUCAGUUUUCAAAAGCCUUAAUUCAACUGCCAGACAACCAUCACAUUAGCAAUGUUACAGGCUAUCUUACAGUUCUACAACAGUUUUUGAAAGUGGACAAUUUUCUGUAUACAUCUGGAAUUACUCUUAAUAAAUCAGGUUUUGAAAGUAUUGAAUUGACUCCUCUUGCUGCAAUAUGUGUGAAGAUAUAUUCUGGAGGAAAAGAAUUGAAGGUGGAUGGGUCUAUUCAAGUUUCUCUCCCCCUUCUACAUACAAAUGAUAUGAGUGCAGGGGAUCACAUACCUGCCUGGACAUUUGAUAUGAACACAGGUACUUGGAUAAAUCAUGGCCAGGGAAUGGUCAAGGAAUAUAAUAAUCAUUUAAUCUGGACAUACAACGCACCACAUUUGGGCUACUGGAUAGCAGCUCCUCUUCCAGGAACUAGAGGUUCAGGUAUAAAUGGAGACCCAAAGGACAUCACUGCCUACCACACAGUGUUUCUCACAGCCAUAUUAGGAGGAACAAUAGUCAUUGUCAUUGGAUUUUUUGCUGUGCUGCUUUGUUACUGCAGGGAUAAGUGUGGUGCUCCACAGAAACGAGAAAGAAAUAUCACUAAACUUGAGGUCCUCAAGAGAGACCAGACAACUUCAACAACACACAUCAAUCACAUCAGCUCAGUCAAAGUUGCGCUGAAAGCUGAGGACAAGUCACAGUUAUUCAAUGAAAACUCCUCUUACAGCCCGCAGAAAAGGGAACCAUCAAAGGCAGAAGCAGAAGAAAGAGUUUCUAUGGUAAAAACUCGGGAUAAUUUUAAAAUCUACAGUGAAGAUGUUUCAUUUCUGUCGGCCAGUCAAAAUAAUUACUCAAGAAACCCAACACAGUCUUUGGAGUCCAGCGUAGGGUCCAAGCAGCCUAAACAUAUGAGCAAACAAUCUAUCUUCCCUAGGUGAGGCUCAAGAAGAAAGAGGUAUCUCACAGGCAGUGAAGAGGUGUACGGGCGUUCCCACAUUCCUGAACAGCUGAUGCAUAUCUACAGCCAGCCUAUUGCCAUCCUUCAGACAUCUGACCUUUUCUCCACUCCAGAGCAGUUACAUGCUGCCAAGUCAGCCACUUUGCCAAGAAAGGGUCAGUUAGUCUAUGGCCCGUUGAUGGAACCGGUUAAUAGAGAGAACUUUACACAGACCUUGCAAAUGCAAGCACAUUCUCAUACACAGCCUCCAGAUGAGGAAGAGAAUGUCCCCCUUGAAGGCCAACAGAGCUUGCCAUCCCCUUCAGACUGGAGCCGGUAUUCAACAGCUUAUUAGAAUCUGUUUCUGUUUCCCGGAACACUAAACGAAGCUGUUGUAAUGACUCCCUUUUCAUCAGAGCUCCAAGGAAUUUCAGAACAGACCCUCCUGGAGCUGUCCAAAGGAAAGCUCCCUCACCCCAGAGCCUGGUUCGUGUCUCUUGAUGAGCCAGUCGCACAAGUGAGGCAUUCCUUCAUAGACCUGAAAAAGGGCAAGAGAACCCAGAGCAAUGACACCACUGACUCCGGGGUGGACAUGAAUGAGCAUCACUCAAGUAGAAAAACUCGAGAGAGAAAAACGUUCAUCAAAAGCAUGCAUCAGCCUAAGAUUCUUUACUUAGAAGAUUUAGACCUGAGCAAGGAGAGCGGAACCACGGUCUGCUCGCCCGAGGACCCCGCUUUGAGGCAUCUGGAUGGAGGGAGUGGAGCUAUCAUGGAGCCUAGGGAAGAGUCCCCAGGAAGGAGAAGCACUGGUGAAGAUUUUGAAGCCAAUACGUCCCCCACUAAAAAAAGGGGCCGACCACCACUAGCCAAAAGAGAUAGCAAAACCAAUAUCUGGAAGAAGCGAGAGGAACGCCCACUGAUUCCCAUAAAUUAACAGCAAGGAUGGUGGUGUAUCUGCUCCCUUGCACUGUUCAUUCUUGCUGCUUGUUGUAAAUUGCAGUAUGAACUUCUUCAGAAGGUGAGACUGAGCGAUCUAAUGGUCCCUGGACAUGUCUCAAGCAGGAGUGUAAAUAGUAAAAUGGUAAUUCAGUAGAUGAGAGAGAAAGAUACUAAGGAAUGCUUUUUUCUGACGUACUCUUUUCAUUUGUUUUUGGGUGCUGAAUUUGAAGUAUCCAGGAGUUCAAAAUGUCAAAUAGCUUCAAGAUGCUAGUCAUCUGAAAUGUUGCUCAGUCAGCCGACUCAGCCCUGACUCUUAAGAAUAACAUUGUGUAAUGCACACUCUCCUAAAGUUUCUUCCAUUUAAAACCGUAGCCUCUGCUUUGAUGAGUACCACCCUGUGAAACAUU